CGAAGAUGGCGGAAAACUGCAUGAGUUUUCGCGAAGUUGUUCAAAAGAAAGGCUUUCCAAUCAGGUGGAAGGAAAUAACAGUGAAUACAGGUGGAUCUGGCAGCACCAUCCAAGACUUAAAGGUUCCAGAGUCUGCAGGAGGAUAUGUGUUCAGAGAUGGCAACAGACUGCAGUCAUAUGCAAGGAACAGAUUCAUAUACUGGAGGGUUCACAAAGACACCCUAGAGCUUGUAGAACUAUCACUGGACAACGAUCUCCAUGGAAAUGCCAUCCGCCUCCACUUCCAGGAUUCUGCCAUAUUGGGUGACAUCAGCAUUUUUGAGAGUCGAGGAGAGGUGGUCUUCCUUGUGGCCACAGUGUCCAGUGUCCACCGCCUGGUCUUUCCACACCCAAGUUCAUUGCAGCAUCAGAUGUCCAUCUUCACGGAUGCCUCUGUAGUAAAUCUUUGUGAGCCUUCGGACUGUCACUCCAUAAGCCCAGUGAGUAAUGUGGCUUACUCCUUACAUGCUGCUGGAGCUUGGCUCACCACUGAAGGGGAGGCUUUAUUUGCCCUGGCCACGAGCACAGGGAGCAUUCUGUUUAUCAAGCUACCACCAAAAGGAAUUCAAGGUAUAGUGACACAACAUGAACUGAAACAUGCCAGUAUGAUGCAGAGGCUGUGGACAGGACUAGUACCAGCUAUGAUCAGGGGUGGUCCAUCUGAAGCUGACAUGGCGGAAAGUGUGUGUCUUCAUUAUCUGGGUCAGGAUGUGUUCAUUUUUGCUAUCUGUAGAGACCACAAACUCAGAAUGUGGUCCUGUAAGAACCAAGAAUGUGUGCUGGUCAGUGACAUGCUGGACUUUAUUCCAGAUAAACUUGACCCUCUGAAAGGAACAAUAGGAGCUAGAGGCCAUGUUAUCAGAAAAUCAGUGGAGGGCAACAUGCUACACCUAGGAGUUUUCUUGAACUUUUCUGACAGAAAUCAGUUUUGCAUAUUUCAACCAGUAUUAGCAGAUGGUCGAUACCAGCUGAACUUGAUUACAACUGUCUUUGCCCCAAAUGAGGACCUUGUAGAGUUCAGUCUGACCAAUACUCACCUGUGGUCACUGUGGACCACAUCAGAGAGUGAAACAGUGGUCAGAUAUGCAGCCUUAGACGACAGUGAUAAUUUCUCCUAUGACCCAUGGAACAUGGUUCACCUACAGCAGCCAGAAUCUCCUGAAGUCAUUGUGCCUCUGCACAGGGAACCCAGAGAGACAUACAUGGAUUAUAUUUUCUAUCCUGGGAGAUUCACAGCUCAGACUAUCAGCAAGGCACUUAAUAUAUAUCGUCGUUCCCUAGACAGUUUAAUGGGGCAUGGUCUCCACAUCUCCAGCCAAGUGUUGAGGGAGGAGGUCACAGCAGCAGUGGAGAACGAGGUAGGUGGUUGUCUGGCUUAGUCAGGGAUGAGACUUUUCCUACUCUCUCAGUAUAACUUGGACCUAGGCAGACCCCUGGACAUGUAUUUUCUAACUUUUUCACUAAAUGGCAGUCUUAUCCUUGCUUAGUGAAAAAAAAAAAAAACAAGUUAGUUUCUGUUUAUUUAAGUUGCAGUUACAUGUAAUUAAUGGGAAUUUUGAAUGACCACAGGAUUCUUUUAGGGUAGGUGCUA